GCGCAAGCGUCAGCUCAUUAGCACCUGCGAAGUCGCGAGAUAACCGACAGCUCGCGGAAUGACGGAACGUCGGAAGAUCGUUGUCGCGCGCGAGUGCAGUACGUAGUAUUAUCGCAAAAGUGAUUACGUCGUUACGUAUUGCGCGAGCAGAUAUAUAUAUCUCGUGCCUGAGAGCAGUGUCUAUCUGAUGACUAUGGUACGUGUGCUCGUUAGUCGUGACUUCGUUACACGACGAGGUUCUAGUCUACAGUGUGUGUGCAGCAUAUAGUGUACACGAUCGGAUAUAGUAGAAAUAAUAUUGGACCGCGUCUAGGCAAUACGGAUAGCUCAGCGAGUAAUCGAAGCUCUCCGAUACAUACAAGUAUUCGAGUCGCGAAUAGCGCGCCUAGCGCGAUGGAAGGAGAAAUAGCGCUAGUGUACGCACUCGUACGCUGCCACGACUGAUAUCGAAUCGGAGUCGCCCGAAGCCGUCGACGAAUCAGGCGCGCGCGUAUACUCACUUAUAUACAUAUGCCUAAUUUCUGCGCGUAUCCCGCGCGCCACCGAGCGAGCAGCGAGUCAGUGCUGACUGCGAGCAGUCGGCUCCCAUCCUGAGCGAUUCCUCGGCUGCUGCUGCUGCUACACGGCCGUUCGCCAAUCGCGCCAGCACGCGCACACGACACGCUGCCCGAUUGUUAUUACGCUGUAGGUAUAUGGUAGUAGUAGGCCGAGCGCACUUUCUGCUCGCUCAAUUGGCCUAUACUCAUUCAGCUGCGUUUCCACGAGGCCAAUUUCCAUUUGGAUUAUUGGACGCGAGUCGCUAUUGCAGCAGCGACUGCAAGCUCUUACAUAUUACUCGAGUCCUACUCGGAGACAGCUGCUGCUGCUGGUCUGCGGUGCAGACCGAAUUUCUCAAGAAUCGUCAGGCCAGAGCGAAAGUCGAUUGUCAGUAGUGAGAAUCUCGUCAAGUGCGCGCCUCGACUGCCUACGCAGUCGAAAUAGUGUACGCACGUUUUCGUGCCCCGUCGAGAUUUUUCAGUGUGUCAGUGUGUGUGUGCGUGACUUCGUUGCGAGAAGCCAACGACUUAUCAACGCCAAACUGGCGAUCCGCUAGCAGCUCUCUUAUUUCCCCCGCGACUCGAGUACUUGUGCGCGUAGCCAGUGAAAUUUGCUACUGCUAUAACUGCUCCGCUACUGCUGGACUCGCACACGCGGAGCCUUGAACUUUGAGCCAGUGUUUUGGGCUCUUUACUCCGGAUUCCAGUGCAACCACACAUACACGGCCAAAAUGGGUGUGCUCUUGUCCAUCGUCUCGGUGGGCUUUUCCAUGCUCUUUACGCCGCUUCUCAUGAUGCUGCUGUCGGUCAUAUUCCUCGCAUCGAUGGGUAAAUCGCUCGGUGUCAGAAGGCUCUACAUAAAACUACUCCUUGCACUCUUCGAGUACGGGCGUCAAAAUAUUGAACACGUUAAGAAACGUAAUGGAACGUGGGAGGUUGAUGGAGGAGAUAGUGAAGAUGAAGGAAGUGAAUCUCCUACAAAUCCUAAAUCUAACAAAGAACCAACGGACAAAGAAAAAAAGUCCCAAAAUGGGUCACUUGGUAAUUCUGUCAUCGCUCGUUCCACGGAUCUAGUACUCGUACCAAUAGAUCAAACAACACAAAACAAUGAAAAAACUGUGGAGGAACCAAAAUCAGACGCUAAAGAAAUUGAACCGAUCAAAAAUGAAAGAGUUACUCAAUUAAGUGCGAGUAAGGAGACUGACAUAUCACGGAAAAAAUCAUUCGAAACGUUAAAGCGAGAAUUUGAACCUGCCAUUUGUUUGGAUUACAUACGAGCUGGUAUUGAAUCAAUCAUCGAAGACGAUGUGACAUCUAGAUUCGAAGCUGAAGAACUCAAGAACUGGAAUCUUCUAACACGUACGAAUAGGCGCUAUGAAUUUAUUUCGUGGAAAUUAACUGUAAUUUGGGUUUGCGGAUUUUUCAUGAGAUAUUGCUUUCUCUUACCGUUGAGGAUUUUCAUCUGCUUUGUUGGUAUGUGUUUCAUCCUGCUAACAACGUUUAGCAUAGGCUUUUUGCCGAGUUACAAGCUGAAACGUUGGGUCAAUGAUAUUACGUCCCGUAUUUUUUUCCGGAUUAUGGCCGCAGGUUUGUCUGCCCAAAUAGACAUUCACAAUCCUGAAUUUAAGCCGAAGACAGGUGGUAUUUGCGUUGCUAAUCACACAUCAACUAUUGACGUGUGUAUCUUAUCGACGGACACGACAUUCUCUUUGAUCGGUCAAAGACAUGGGGGAUUUUUAGGUAUUUUACAAAGAGCACUAGCUCGAGCAUCACCUCAUAUUUGGUUUGAAAGAUCAGAAAUCAAAGACAGAGAAGCAGUGGCUAAAAGGUUAAAAUUGCACAUUUCCGAUCCAAAAAAUCCUCCUAUACUUAUUUUUCCGGAAGGAACUUGCAUUAAUAAUACUUCAGUUAUGCAAUUCAAAAAAGGUAGCUUUGAAGUUGGUGGUGUCAUUUAUCCUGUCGCCAUAAAGUAUGAUCCAAGAUUUGGAGAUGCAUUUUGGAAUAGCAGCAAAUAUUCUAUGAUUCAAUACUUGUACAUGAUGAUGUCAAGUUGGGCAAUUGUUUGUGAUGUUUGGUAUUUACCCCCUAUGUACAGAAAAGAGGAUGAAAGUGCUAUUGAUUUUGCCAAUAGAGUCAAGUCAGUUAUUGCACGACAAGGAGGACUUGUUGAUCUUCAAUGGGAUGGACAACUUAAAAGAAUGAAGCCUAAAAAAGAAUGGCGGGAAAAGCAGCAAGAGGAAUUUAGUAGAAGAUUAAAAGUUGAAUAAAAGUUUAGUGCAGUUUUUAUUGGAAAUUUUAAGACUGUAAAAUGGUUUCAAUUUUGAAGCUCAUUCUAUUCAACUGCUUGGCAGUUAAUUUCAAUGAACUUUAUUGAAUAUUAUGUGUAAUUAAAAAUACUGUAUAAGCUGUGAAAGAUAUUUGUGAAAGUUUUGAUUGAACUAGUGUAAGAGACUGAUUGUUCAGUGCACAUAAUUUACGACUGUUUCAAAAGUGUGUUUUUUAUGAAUAUAAUAUAUUUUAAAUAUUUUUUAUUCAUUCUUUUAGACUAUUCUAAAACAGUUUAGAGGUCUAAAAUCACUAUGAAUUAUCAUUAAUUCAUAGUCAUUUAAAAAAGAUUUCUCCAUAUGAUGCCUGAAAAGGUAUUUUAUUAUUAAAGAUUAGCAAAUAUAUUGUUUUUCAUACUUACUCAUUGUCAAUGAGCAUUAAAUCUUUUUUAAUAUUAGAUUAAUUCAAAACUUUUUGUUGCUAUAUUUUGUUACCAUCGCAACCAAAAAUCAAAUUUUAUAUUUUACUAUUUUUACACGUAGAAGUGAAAUAAUGUGCUCAUUUAUUUAAUUUUUCAUAACUUCCAACCAAAAGUAUUUUAUCAAAAUUCAUGCCUGUUUAUACAAAAAUUUCUAAAGAUGUAUGUAAUAAAGCAAGCACACAAUGAUACAUAUUUUUUUAAAAUCAUGAUAUAUUUUUUAUAACAAACUUUGGUGUUAAUAUUAAAUCAAAUCAAUUUUAAUACAGAAGUAUUUUGUUGUUGAUAUUUUAAAGUGUAUAUUAUAACACAAAAGUCAUAGGAACAAUUUCAGUUAAAUUAACUAAUUUUAAGAUUUGAAAAUUGAGUAAAACAUUGCUAAAAUACUGGAUAAAAAAAUGUAUCAAUAAUGCAAUAAUUGCUAAAUUUGAUUCUUUAAACAUUUGUCACUCAUUUUGUAUUGAUUGGCUGCAUAAUAAAAACCACAGACUGUUAUUUUUUAAAAA